UUUAAGUACCGUUUUAUCUGCCCUUUUAAGUACCGUUUUAUCUCCCCUUUUAAGGACCGUUUUAUCUGCCCUUUUAAGAACCGUUUUAUCUGCCCUUUUAAGAACCGUUUUAUCUGCCCUUUUAAGUACCGUUUUAUCUGCCCUUUUAAGAACCGUUUUAUCUGCCCUUUUAAGAACCGUUUUAUCUCCCCUUUUAAGAACCGUUUUAUCUCCCCUUUUAAGAACCGUUUUAUCUGCCCUUUUAAGAACCGUUUUAUCUGCCCUUUUAAGAACCGUUUUAUCUGCCCUUUUAAGAAACGUUUUAUCUGCCCUUUUAAGAACCGUUUUAUCUCCCCUUUUAAGAACCGUUUUAUCUCCCCUUUUAAGAACCGUUUUAUCUCCCCUUUUAAGAACCGUUUUAUCUCCCCUUUUAAGUAA